AUGUCUAAGUACGGUAUCCCUAUUCCAGAACCUGUCACAAAGUCCUUAGAGUCCACCAAGGUCGAUUAUGUCAGACUUGGUUCCUCCGGGCUCAGGAUAUCAUGGCCCAUCUUAGGCGCCAUGGCUCUCGGCUCCACCAAGGUUGCGGCUUGGGCUCUAGACGAGGAACCCUCCCUUGAGCUCCUCAAAGCUGCCUAUGAUCGUGGCAUUAACACUUGGGACACGGCCAAUACAUACAACAGUGGCCUGGGCGAGGAGAUUAUUGGAAAGGCUAUCAGGAAGUUCAACAUUCCGCGCAACAAGGUCAUCAUCAUGACCAAGUGCUUUUAUCCUGUAGGCGAAGAGCCGGCCGUCAUUGGUAAUGCUUAUCCAAACGUGCUGGAGAAAAGCAAGGACUAUGUCAACCAAGGAGGUCUAUCUCGCAGUGCUAUCCUCGCAGCUGUCGAGGGGUCUCUCAAACGGCUUGGAACCACCUAUAUUGACGUGCUUCAAAUUCACCGUUACGACCACGAAACUCCACCGGAAGAGACUAUGAAAGUAUUGCACGAACUUAUUGAGGCUGGAAAAGUGCGAUAUAUUGGGGCUAGCUCAAUGUGGGCAACACAGUUCGCCCAGCUACAGUUCACUGCUGAGAAGAACGGCUGGACCAAGUUCGUUAGCAUGCAGAACUACUACAACCUCUGUUACCGAGAGGAGGAGCGAGAGAUGAUCCGAUUCUGCAAGGAGACAGGAGUGGGCAUUAUCCCAUGGUCGCCUCUUUAUGGUGGGCGGCUCGCUCGUCCAGCGGGAUGGGAUAAGUCUGCCAGAUCUAAGCGACCAUCGGCCCAUCAUCCCGAUACAACUGGGGAUGAUGCAGAAAUCAUACGGAGAGUUCAAGAACUGGCAGAGAAGAAGGGAUGGGAGAUGAUACAUGUUGCGUUAGCGUGGCACAAGAGCAAAGGGUCAGUGCCAAUCGUCGGCAUGAACUCGGUUGACAAAAUUAAGGAAGCUUGCGAGAUGCGCGACAAGUCCUUGACUACCGAUGAGGUAGAGUUCCUGGAGGAAUCAUACGUACCAAGGAAGGUUGUUGGACACGACUAA